AUGAGCUCCUUCAGUAAAUUCGCCUUCGCGUUUAUCCUGAUCGCAAUGAUCAUCACCACUGCCGGGGCCUGCUGGCUCGACCACCGUUAUCGCAGGCGACGACGAGUGCAGUUGGCCGCUUGGCCCGACUGGGGGAGCACACGGCCGGUGGCGCCCCAGUCAAUACCGCAGCUCGUCGAUGUGUAUAUGGAGGAGAGGGCGGGGAACUUGAAGUGGAACUCAUUGCAGCCGAUGUCCGUCAUGUACAAACCAGAUGUAGUACCGCCCCGCGUACACCCCACACCCAGAACAGCACGGCUGGCAGAUCCAGAGAUGAACAAAGACACGAGCACCGACGAGCAAAUAGAACGCGCCGGCGCAGCCUUACCGCCGAUAGGAUCAGGACAGCUACAAGUCUCGCUGCUCAUCGCGAUGCCUUCACCUCUUGGACUGCCGUCUGCCGCACGAAAGUUGGAGGAGCACUGGCAGUUGCGAGAGUGCGCGAUCGGAUCCUGUAACGCGCCUGUUCGCUCCCACGAGCCGCGUCGAUGA